GUCAGGAAUGUUAGGCGGAAAAAAUAAGUAGUUUUUUUUAUUCACUUUAAAGAAAACAUUUGUACUUAUUUUAUUGCGGAGAAGGCGAGUGGAUUAAAAUAAAAAUGUGUAUAGUGAAAAAAAUGUUUUGGAUUUUCUUAAUUAGUUUUGGUGUUUUUCAUCACGCCGACGCAGCUACAUUAAGAUGUUACAAAGGUUCACUCGACAACUACAUAGAGAUGCCACUUAACGACGCUCUGCCACUGGCGUCUUCAAUCUGCAUAGACCAGACUUUACCCACGGUCUUCUACACAUUCGGGUACCGAGGCCGUGCCGGAGGACCUGCCACCACCGCUAUGAUCUCCGCCUAUUUGAAGACGAGGAAGAGAAAUGUGAUUCUUCUAGAUUGGGAGGACGAAGCUAAGAGUGGUCUUUUGGGUAUUCCUUUAGGAUAUGUGCUUCAUGCUGUGCCUAAUGCUAAAAGGAUGGGAGAUGAGAUGGGAAAAGCAUUGGUGCAACUAGCGCGAGCAGGUUUGAACAUGACGCAAGUGCACCUGCUGGGGCACUCUUUGGGGGCACAUCUCAUGGCCUACGCCGGGAAACGAGCCAGAGCCAAUGGAUUUGUUGUUUCUAGGAUUACCGGCCUGGAUCCAGCCCGUGCUCUUUUCGAAGGCUCGUUUGCUGUACAAAGCGGGCUCGACCGUACUUGUGCCAAGUUCGUGGACAUCAUCCAUAGCGACCCUGGCGGUUACGGUACGAGCCAGCCGGCGGGUACCGUUGACAUUUGGCCCAACUUCGCUGGUACUGGUGUGUCACAGCCUGGUUGCCCUGAAGGAAGUUUUGAAAUGUUCAGUUCGGAUGAUUUGUGCAGUCACGACCGCUCCUGGCGGUACUUCGUAGAAGCGCUAUCCACUCCGACCUCGUUCAUGGCUGCAGCAGCCCCUGGGUACAACAACUGGAUCUCCAGGGACUUCAGAAUCACUGACACUAUUUUCUUGGGAGACUUAACAAGUACUCGAGCCCGUGGUAGUUAUUAUCUAACAACGGAAUCAAAAUCACCCUACGGCAAGGGCCAAUCAGGGAUCCUAGCUGACAAUCGUGUGCGGCGCCGACGCACGCCGACCUCCAGCUUUACGCGGUGGCUGCGGUACCUCAGGUGAUAUUUUCGAAGGCUCGCCGGGGAGUCGGCACGGGCAGUCGGUAGAAUAAUCAGAACUAUAGUGUGGGUUAACAUUUAGUUUUGUGUGUGACAUGUCCAGUAGGUAUAUGUAUUUGAAUGUUGCUCUUAAGGAAAUAUGACAAUAAGGGCCAACGCUAACCGACGGACGGCAAGGCAGAAGUCAUAAAGAAAACAAGACAAGCUACAAAAUCUCGACAAUCGCUGAAAAGUAGCCUGCUUGUCGGUUUUCUAUCGGAUACAUUUCGGGAACUUUUCAAUUUAGUUGCACCCUCACUUCCUGCUUCGGUCGACUAGAAGGCCGGAGUACUCCAUCCUUAUGUCGUUGACAUACCAACCAUUCGCACUAAGUGCUUUGCUUCCUCCUUUCUGAUGCGUAGGAAUAACGAAUGACUAAGGCAAAGGAUUGUAAUGCACUUCGCGGCACCUGUGUUUCUCGCUAUUACAAUUUGGGGCUAUUUAAUGCUAGAGUGAAUAUACAUUUUUUAGGCAAACCAAUUCACAUCGUCGCUUAACAUCAAGUGAGAUCGUGGCUAAGCGUGUGUCUAUUGUUUGUUUAAAAAAAAAUUAUGUAUAUUUGACACACAGAGAGGAAUGCCCCGCACUGUUCCGAAGUCGGUCUCAGGGCAUUGCAAUUUAUACCUUCUUCCUAUACAAUAGCAUAAAAUAUGUAUUGAUAAAAUUAAUAUCCUCUGCCUUCCCAUCCGCCGGUUUGCACUGGUUCUAAGUGGUCUCCUUUUAUGGUCUGCCAAAAAAUUAAAAAUUUGAAAUUAAACUUCUAUUUUCGGGUCUAAAUCGCGAACGUUUGUUUUUUCACAAUCACAAACAAAUCAACGUUUCAGUCUCUUUACUGGUCCUAUGGUCAUGCAAACCGCAUUUACAUCCGGAAAACUAGUUUUAUUUUCUGUAUGUAACAAUUAGCAAAAUUAUAAAAACUUGAUAAAGAUUUCACUUUGCUUUGAAAGGAAAUGAAUAUGGUUAGUAGAAAAUGCUAUUCAAAAAAUUUAACGAUUGGUAUAAUGGCUAGCUUUCUGUUAAAGUAUUAUUGAGUAAGAGUUCCUUCUGUAGUAUAUUGCAGAAAAAUACGUUCUCCAAAUU